GCGCACGUCAUGUGGGGAAGGCCAUUGGGCGUCCGACACUACACACGUACUGCACGGCUGCGGCAAGGUAUAUAUAACCGGCAAACCUCCGCUACACCCACUCUCAUCACCCACCAGCUUCAUACCUACUCACAGGCUUGACUGUUAUUCUUAUACAGACCACAGACAUCAACCUAAGCUAUGGCAGACAAACCGUUGGUGGUUGCGUCCCUGGCUGACCAUGAGCUGUAUGUGAAGAUAGUGGAGGAACACUUCCGGGUGGUGUGGUGGGAGGACUACAUCAAGGGCCCAGAGAAGUACAACAAUGACAUCCAGGGGAUACUGGUGGAUGCUUAUGGCAGACUGAAGCGUGUGGACGGCUCACUCCUGGACCACCUGCCCAACCUGAAGAUUGUCAGCACCUUGAGUGUGGGAACAGACCAUCUGGAUCUGGAGCUGCUGUUCAAGAGAGGGAUCAAGGUGUCCCGUGUGCCAGAUGUGAGCAGUGACUGUGUGGCGGACUGGGGAAUCACCUUACUGGUCGGGAUGGCCAGACGUAUUGUGGAAGGUGUUGAUUCAGCCAAGAACCCCGCUACUCCUUUUGACUUUAACAUCAUGGGGAAGAAGAUCACUGGUUCCACCAUUGGUGUUGUUGGGUUUGGGAGAAUUGGUUACAAGAUUGCUGAGCGAGCCUAUGGAUUCAGCAUGAAGGUCCUGUACUACGAUGUCUUCCGGCGAUCGGAGGAAGAAGAGAAGAAGAUCGGUGCUACAUAUUACAGUUCUGUGGAUGAGAUGCUGCCCCACUGUGACUUUGUGAUACUGAUCGUACCGCUGCUGCCCACCACCCGCGGGAUGAUCGGCAAGAAACAGUUUGAAUUGAUGAAGAACUCCGCUAUCUUAGUCAAUGUUGCAAGAGCCCAAGUCAUAGACCAAGAUGCACUUGUGGAGGCCCUGAAGAACAAGACCAUCCGUUCAGCGGCCAUCGACGUUACUUACCCGGAGCCCCUCCCUGACGACCACCCGCUCCGUUUCCUGGACAACAUCAUCAUCACGCCUCACAUGGGGGCCAACAGCGAGGAAUCCCGCCGCGGCGUGGUGGUGGCCGGGGUGAAGAGCUGCAUCGCCGGCGUGAAAGGGGAGCCUAUCCCCAACGAGGUGCUGCCACCUACCCAGAAACCAGGAAAGCUGCACUAAACAACGAGCAGCUCUCCUGGGUUUGAGCUUCAGGCCCGUCACUAACAAAAGGAGCUUGUGCUUCAAUCUGCACAUCACCAUUCUUAUAACUUACUAGUACAGAUCAGUACAUGCUCACCAUGUAGACUUGUAAAAGUCAAGAUUCAAGUUCAAAGAGUUUAUAAAAACAGUUUAUGUAAAAAGUUUGUGAAUUUCAGUCUGAAAAGAGCAAUAAGAUUUAGAUGGAGAGAGCAUCAGAAUGGUGUACUCUAGCGCUUUCAGCUUUGCUGGAGGCACAUCUUUAUAUUGGCUUAUGAGAGGUAUGUGAGUUAAGGAAGCAGCUACAUAAUGAACUUAGUUCUGUAUUUGUUUAGCUGGUAUAUUAUAUAUAACAGCCCUUCAGCAUAUAACACCAGCUUCUGUGUUAUAGCUAUAUGAGUCUUCAGUCCAUGUUGUAUAUUUACAUCUAUAUAGUACAUUAAUUGUCUUUCAGCUUGUCUGUAUGUGCUGUGGCUAAGGCUGAACUCUAAAGCUGGUCCCAGCAUAGAGAUUUCAUGCACUUAAAUAAUUGUUCUGUAAGGUACAGGGUAUGUCAGGAGCUGAGCUGCAAGGGAAUUUUCUUUUUGUAGCAUAACUUUUGCCACGCCUAUUAUGUUGCCAUGACUGACUCAGAGGCUCUUGCCAUGGCUGGCAGUAUUGCCUGGCACGGAAGCUACCACAGCUGUUAUUUGAAAUGAUCCAGUGCUGAACUCUGCUGCAGGGGUAAGGAAUUGUUUUCAUGACAAUUUAAUUGUGACUUAUCUGUAUUUAUUUCAUAUGUUUGGAUAGAGAUUGCAAUCUGGUAAAAUCAGUGAUUCUGCUGGUAGAGAUACACUUUUUGUACCUAUCAAAAUCUACAGUUUUCUGUGCAUGUGGAGACUAGCUUGAAAGAGAAAACUUAAAAACUUCUGUUCAUAUCACUUUAAAUAAAUGGAUUUGUGUGAAACUCAGGAUCUACUUUUCCUAUAAUGGGACUGACCACCCUAACACAUUCCUAGCAACCUGACCGGAGUAAGGUCGACACUCUGAUUGCAAUCCAUACUAGCAGAAUCUGCAAUUUUGCGGGAUUGCAAACUCUACCCUGACAUAAGUGUCUGUUUCAUGUCCAUGUAUCUGUCUGUGUUUUCUGUUGAACAGAUGCUCCAGUCCAUGAUGUACUGAACAUCUUACAUUUGUCAUAACAUCAUCUCUAACCAGACCCUACUACAAGUGCAUCCAUGUUGUGUUUACAUAAUGUUUUGUAUUUUUGGAAAGGUGGAACUUUAAGGGGAAAUUCUGGAAUUUUUUAAAAUUUGGCUUGUGUGGUAGUGCAAUGUCUGUGAGAUUUGUCUGUAUUUAAACCAACUGUAACAUCUAUUGAGAAGUGUGGAACAGGCAGCUGAGAUCAGUAACAAAGAAAUGUUAACACCUCAUUAGAGUGUGGGAUUGUAUUUGCUUGAUCUUUAUAUUGCUGUAAAAUGAAUUGAAAGUUAAGGCUUUCCAAAGAUACAUUAUAUAAUGCAGAUAGUAAGGUAAGAACAGAUAUCAAAAUGACCGCACAAAAUUUUAUUGUGAUGUGGGUGGGGGGUAAGGAGUGGUGCUAAUAAGGUAACGUUUAGUCAUUGACAGGACAAGAUAGCAUGGUUCUGGGAAGAGUCACAGCUGACAUUUGCUGCUCAUGUUGUUAAGUCCUGCUUUGAGAUGUGACUGUUGUCUCUUGGGUACACAGGUCUGUUUUCAGAAUGAUGUUUCUAAGCUAAGCCCUGGAUGGUUCUGGAUAAAUCUUACAUGAAAGAUACUGUUGCAGCUAGCUAAGGCCUUGAGAAAGCCUGUGUACACAGGCUGUAUACAAGUGCUGCUAUAGAUGGUAAAGUAUAUUCAAAAGUAUUUCUGUAGAUGUCACUGAGGCGUGUUUAAGAUAUAAACAUCUAGUUUGUGGAUCAUCUUGAUUGUACGGAUCACUACAGACCAAUAAAUUCAUAUAUUACCAUAAA